AAUGGUUAGCAGCACUCGCAAGGUCGAACCCUUGGAAUCUGAGAGACGAUUAGCCGUAGGGAUGCCAGGCGGGGCUUAUUUAAAUAUCGAAUAUGUCAAUGUGCGAGUAUGUAUAUAAACAGCUGCUUUCAUCUGAUUCCCCGGGACUUCAGUAAUGAAAUUUAAGCGGAGAUUAAUGCGCCGGGAUUCCUAUAAACGGUGCAGUCAAAACAAAGUCGUCUCGUCUGUGACUGUACACUAGGGGCUACACUGGAAGAAGCCCUUUCCCUAUCAGUGAAACUGACUAAGAACAGAAAGUGGUCGCGGCUCUGAUUGAUCGCCCGCUGCCUCACACCCCUGAUGGCCGAGCUGGGCACCUAUCUGGGAGCCCUGGACACAGACAUACAUGCCGUCUCUCUUGGGAAUAUGCCGGUCCUGGCCCAGGCGGACUCCCCCGGCUUCCUGAACGAAAGGCUCGGGCAGAUCGAAGGCAGGCUCCAGAGAGGAACACCCAGUGACUUCACCCACCUGAAAGGCAUCCUCCGGCGGAGGCAGCUCUACUGCAGGACCGGCUUCCACUUGGAAAUCUUCCCGAAUGGCACUGUGCACGGUACCCGGCGGGAUCAUAGCCGUUUCGGAAUCCUGGAGUUCAUAAGCCUAGCGGUGGGACUAGUCAGCAUCCGUGGGGUGGACUCGGGACUUUAUCUGGGGAUGAACGAGAGAGGCGAACUCUAUGGGUCGAAAAAGUUAACAUCUGAAUGCGUAUUUCGGGAACAAUUUGAAGAGAACUGGUAUAAUACCUAUGCAUCAACUUUGUAUAAACACAUAGAUACUGGGAGACAUUAUUAUGUGGCUUUGAAUAAAGAUGGUUCACCACGGGAAGGAUACAGGACUAAACGGCAUCAAAAAUUUACUCAUUUUUUACCUAGACCCGUGGAACCUGAAAAAGUUCCAACAUUAUACAGAGACCUGUUGAACUAUAGUUGAUAAAACUCUGCUGCCUUGCAUGUGUUGUACAAUACAGGGAGCUUUAGCUGUUUUGGGGAGCAGUGCCAACAAGAAACUCAUGGCCAUUUCAGAGAUGACCUCUGGUUGAAAUCAUUACCACUAUUAAUACUAUCAAGCCUUUAUGAAGUGCACAGUCCCAGGAUUUCUUUUUAAUACUCACACAUCUAUAUUCUCCACUGAAUAUUGCUUCUAGAUAUUUGUUGAAGAGGUGAGGAAUAAAAGGACUCGGAGAUAAUGGACACUUUUAUUGCUGAAAAGAAAUGAACGGCCACUAAGUGGUGAUAAACGCUGCUGCAAAUAAAGAAGCUUUGAGCUAAAAAUUAUAUAUUUAUCAAAAGUUGAUAUAUUUUGGAUCUGUGGAUGACACACUGCUGAAAGCAGAUAUUUACUGUGCUACGUGGAAGAGAAGAGCCAAUAAAGGUAUAAAGAUUCCCAGUCUUUGGAAUGGGCUAAAAUUAUUACAUGGACACUGUACAAAUGGACAUAAUACUAUUUAUAGAAAUGUCAAUAUUAUAUUUAUUUUAUAUAUUUAUUUAUUACAUAGACUAUAUUUUUAAUUACAAUGUAUAGACCAGAUUGCUGUCUGGAAGGAUUAGAUCCUACUGAGAUGUAAAUGACCACUUUUAAGUUAUGAAGAUCAAUGAAUGUUGAGUUCUAAAGAUUAUGGACCAUAAAUAAAAUACUUUGUUCAAAGCAAAAAGUAUAUUGUACAAUUAACAUGUUGCUUGUUCGCUCAAUAAAAAGAGAUCAUUAUGACUUAACUUUAACAUGUAACAAAUAUUCAAAAGUAGUUUUAAUCAGUUACACUGCAAAACUCUAUUUUC